AUGUCUGACCUGCACUUUCGCGUUGCCACCAAAGACGAUGCUCCUCGGCUUCAAGAACUCAUCGAAGCAGCAUUCCGCUUCACAGACGCUCACAUUGACUGGGUCGGAUCUCCCGAAUUGGCAGGGACAUUCAACAUCGACAUAUCCGUCAUUAUUGAUAGGAUCACCUCGCCGGAUAGUAAAUUCCUCGUCGCAAGCGACACCCCUGACGGCCCUAUAAUCGGGUGCGUGAACGUUAUGAGAAAGGCCCCCGAUUACGGCCGUUUGUGUCUCCUAGCUGUUGACCCAACACUGCAGCGUGGAGGUCUGGGAAGAAAGCUCGUUGCAUAUGGAGAGGAGUAUCUCACAAAGGAUUUUGGUGUCGGGAAGAUUGGGUUGAAUGCGUUGCAUACGAGAAAGGGACUUAUUAGGUGGUAUGAGAAGCUGGGGUAUGUUAGGACGGGGGAGAUGACCAAGAUUCCGGUUGAGAGGUUUGAAUCGGAUACGCUCAUUGUGUUGGCCGAGUUGGAUAAGACUAUUGCUUGA